AUGUGGCCAUGUAGGAACGCAACCUGAAAGGUCCCCAUUUAUGAAUACGUACUCGUGACUCGUAUAUAUUUUGGACCAGAGGCCCUUGCGAUUAACAUUAAACAGCUGCCCAACUGGUAAACAUUUUCCUCGAUAGCAUUCUAUCGCUUGGUUAAAGGAUGCAGCCUUUAAAGGUCACCACCAAUAUAAUUAAGCCAGCAGGUCAACCCGGAGGGAAACUGGCUGGCGGUGCUGGUGCGAAGGCCCGGCCGCAAGAGGAAAAAGCAGAAACCCAUGCAGCUAGGCAGGAGUCCGGACAGGGUGCUGGUACAAGCGCUGGUGCGGCAACAGAGCCCAGAUGGACAAUUAACGAUUUCGACAUUGGCAAGCCGCUUGGAAAGGGGAAAUUUGGCAACGUGUACCUCGCGCGCGAGAAGCGCACCCAGUACAUUGUUGCGCUUAAGGUGCUCUUUAAGAGCCAGCUGCAGCAAUCUAACGUAGAGCACCAGCUCCGCCGCGAGAUAGAGAUCCAGGCGCACCUCCGACACCCCAACAUCCUGCGCCUGUAUGGCUACUUCUACGACAAGGAGAAGGUGUACCUCAUCCUUGAGUACGCCGAGCGCGGAGAGCUGUACAAGGAACUGGUCCGCUUGCACCGCUUUGACGAGCGUACCGCUGCCACGUACAUCCUCUCCCUGGCGCGCGCCCUGGACUACUGCCACUCUCAUCACGUAAUCCACCGGGAUAUCAAGCCAGAGAAUCUGUUGGUGGGCGGCACCGGCGAGCUCAAGAUCAGCGACUUUGGGUGGUCCGUCCACGCGCCAAGCAACAGGCGCAAGACGCUGUGCGGCACCCUGGACUACCUGCCCCCCGAGAUGGUGGAGGGCCAGGAGCACACCACCGCCGUUGACAACUGGAGCCUGGGCGUCCUGACCUACGAGUUCCUCUUCGGCGGGCCGCCCUUUGAGGCGCCCGGCCACCAGGACACGUACAAGAGGAUUGUGCGCCUGGACCUCCGCUUCCCGGAACAGCCCCAAGUGUCGGCAGAGGCCAAGGCCUUCAUCCGGAAGCUGCUCGUCAAGGAUGCGCGCCAACGGUUACCGCUGUCGGAGGUGCAAAACGACCCAUGGAUCCGAGCCAACGCCGACCCGGCAAUGCUUGCACGUGACAAGUGACACCGCCAUACGUGUCAUGCGCUGGCAUCCCAACGUAGUGUGAGCUGACAUUGACUGUUGACGCGCUACCGCCUUACCGGGUGUGCGAUAUGCCUCAGUGGAGGAUGUACGUUUGUGUCAGUGAGUGCCACCCACACCAGCGCAAUACUGGUUGCACAGAAGGCGAACGCUUGCCAAACUUGAUUAAGCUCAUGUGACCUGGGUCGCUGGGUGUGGCUUGUCAACUAGCCACGAUAGCUCGGAUAGUCCUGGGCUCUGUUUCAAGGUUGCCCGGGAUGCCUUUGACCUUCAGUCAGCUUGCAUAUGAAGGAUGUACGGAUUGCCUAGGCAUUGAGAUGGGCGCUCCGUACAAUGUGGGUUUGUGGUUGUACCUGUCGCCUUCGGGGCGUCACAGCGCGCGAUGUCUGUGUGGCAAAGGAGUCAACCAUGGGUCGCUAACGAUUGCCAUUCUGAACCACGGGACCACAACCCCGUCUAAUGGCUUACACAUUAGACAGUUUUGAGUGAGAUUGGUCAACCCCUCCAUGCGGGAUACGCCAACUCUUACAGUGCGGACCAUGCAGCCUGCUGGCGUCAC